UGUUUCUCUGCUAUAGUGCGUGGCCCACAAUGCCCUGGAGUGUGCACGAGCCAUUUACGCCUAUGCCUUGCAAGUAUUCCCCAGCAAGAAGAGUGUGUGGCUGCGAGCUGCAUACUUUGAGAAAAAUCACGGCACCAGGGAGUCUCUGGAAGCACUUCUUCAGAGGGCUGUGGCCCACUGCCCCAAGGCAGAGGUGCUGUGGCUCAUGGGUGCCAAGUCCAAGUGGCUGGCAGGGGACGUGCCUGCAGCAAGGAGCAUCUUGGCCUUGGCCUUCCAGGCCAACCCCAACAGCGAGGAGAUCUGGCUGGCGGCUGUGAAGCUGGAGUCAGAGAACAAUGAGUACGAGCGGGCCCGGAGGCUGCUGGCCAAGGCGCGGAGCAGUGCACCCACAGCCCGUGUGUUCAUGAAGUCUGUGAAGCUGGAGUGGGUGCUGGGGAACAUUGCAGCUGCCCAGGAGCUGUGCGAGGAAGCACUGAAGCACUAUGAGGACUUCCCCAAGCUGUGGAUGAUGAAAGGGCAGAUUGAGGAGCAGGGAGAGCUGAUGGAGAAGGCUCGAGAAGCCUACAACCAGGGACUAAAGAAGUGCCCCCACUCCACGCCCCUGUGGCUCUUGCUUUCCCGGCUGGAGGAGAAGAUUGGGCAGCUGACCCGAGCACGGGCCAUUUUGGAGAAGUCUCGUCUGAAGAACCCAAAGAAUCCCGGGCUGUGGUUGGAGUCCGUGCGGCUGGAGUACCGUGCAGGGCUGAAGAACAUUGCCAACACACUCAUGGCGAAGGCAUUGCAGGAGUGCCCUAACUCUGGUAUCCUGUGGUCCGAAGCUGUGUUCCUUGAGGCCAGGCCCCAGAGGAAGACCAAGAGUGUGGACGCCCUGAAGAAGUGUGAGCAUGACCCUCACGUGCUCCUGGCCGUGGCCAAGCUGUUCUGGAGUGAGCGGAAGAUCACCAAGGCCCGGGAGUGGUUCCACCGCACAGUGAAGAUUGAUUCUGACCUGGGGGACGCCUGGGCUUUCUUCUAUAAGUUUGAGCUGCAGCACGGCACUGAGGAGCAGCAGGAGGAGGUGAGAAAGCGCUGUGAGAAUGCAGAGCCCCGGCAUGGGGAGCUGUGGUGCACCGUGUCCAAGGACAUCACCAACUGGCAGAGGAAGAUUGGGGAGAUCCUGGUGCUGGUGGCUGCUCGCAUCAAGAACACCUUCUGAGGGGGCGUGUGGGGGUGGCACAUGGACAAGUGUGCACAGGGCCUCAGAUUCUGUCUUCGUUCAUUAAAGAUUUUUAUGUAGCAUA